ACCGAGCCGUGUGCCUGAGAAGCGAGGAGUUUUCUAAUCUGAUAAAAGGGGAAUAAACACCGCGCGCCUGCGUUACCCCCCUCCUGCCCGCGUUUUCAAGGACCUUCGGCCUGAUCCAGAGGGUGGGGAUCCUUUUAGCUUCUCCAGCCGAGGCGCUCGUCGAGGCCACUGGCAGUCGCGCGCUGGAGAGACGCGGGGCCGUCUGCACGCGCUCAGAGGCGCUCUCGCCGGCCGAGGCCGAGAGGGCGGCUCGCUGGGGUUUGGCAGGGGGUGUGUCCCACCAGGAGCGGCGCGCAGGGACCUCCCCGGGCUUAAAAGUCCCUCCUUCGGCGCGCCGCGGCGCUGUGCAAUGGAGCUGGACGCGAUGGACGGGGCGCACGGGCGGUGCGCUUUUACGCGCGUGGGGACCCCUUGAGAGCGCCCUGCCGACGGAACCGCCAGCAACAGGCGGAGAAGAUGACUCUGAACACCCAGCGAGGAGGCAGCGCCAGCCCUGCCAGGAGGCGUGCCAGCACCCCGCUCCCCAUGCCCUAUGGGUCUCGCCCGGGGAUGCUGAGCGUCCGUCCCAGCCAGGCUGAACCGGGCCACCCGCAGCUGGGGCAGUCAUCCUCCUGUGACCCCCAAGUCCACUUGCCUGAGCCCCGUGGCAGCUGGUCGUCCGAGUCCUCCGACUCUGAGGAAUCCUGGGGAUCCUUGUACCGCGUGGUGCUGUUGGGCGACCCUGGCGUGGGCAAGACCAGCCUGAUGUAUCUCUUUGCUGGGGUUCAAGACAAGGAUCUGCCUGAGCAGCAGAGAGAAGAUACCUACGAGCGCACCUUAUCGGUGGACGGCGAGGAGACAACGUUGAUGGUGAUUGACACAUGGGAAGCUGAGAAGCGGGCCCCGGAGGAAGACAACUGGUUCCACAACUACUGCAUGCAGGUGGGCAACGCCUACGUCAUCGUCUACUCCAUCACCGACCGGGGGAGCUUCGAAAGCGCCUCCGAGCUCCGGAUCCAGCUGCGCAGGACCCGUCAGGCAGAGAAUAUCCCCAUCAUCCUGGUGGGGAACAAGACAGACCUGGUGCGCUCCCGAGAGGUGUCUGUGGAAGAGGGCCGCGCCUGCGCCGUGGUCUUCGACUGCAAGUUCAUUGAGACGUCCGCCGCCCUGCAGCACAACGUGUCUGAGCUCUUUGAGGGGGUGGUGCGGCAGAUCCGCCUGCGCCGCGACAGCAAGGAAGCCAACGAGAGGCGCAUGUCUCUCUACAAGCGCAAGGAGAGUCUCACCAAGAAGGUGCGCCGCUUCCUCGACCGGCUCGUGGCGCGCAACAACAAGAAGGUGGCGCUGAAAGUCCGCUCCAAGUCCUGCCAUGACCUCUCCGUGCUCUGAGCGAACCGGACGCCACUGUCCUUCUCCUCUUCCUCCUCUUCCUCCUCCUGCUCUUGCCUCUGGUUUUUCCAGGGGUUUUCCCGGGCUCCCUUCCCACAUGUCCAUAGGCGUUUGCAAACUCUCCUCUUUGCUAGGGUCUCUUGGGACACGGCCUUCCGAUAGGGAGAAGCAAAAAACUGUGGGGGAACCAGAAGGAGAUGUGCGGGGUCCUGCCAGAACCAUUUUGGGUGAUGGAGGAAGGACUUCGAGCGGCACCUCUGACUGCAUCAGAAGGCAGCACAUUGAACUGGGACCAUAGUGCGGAUUCUGGGGGAGAUGGCAGGCUCUCGCCCAGGGGUCAGCAACCUUUUUCAGCCAUGGGCUGGUCCACCGUCCCUCAGACCUUGUGGGGGGCCGGACUAUAUUUUGGAGAGAGAAAAAUGAAUGGAUUCCUCUGCUCCACAAUAAAAGCACACAUUCUACCCAUGUAAAAACACCCUGAUUCCCAGACCAUCCACAGGCCGGACUUAGAAGGCGAUUGGGCCGGAUCUGGCCCCUGGGCCUUAGGUUGCCUACCCCUGCGUCUGGCACUUGGUUUUGCUUUGGAAGCGUCCCAGAAUAGGCCAUUAUCCUGCUCGAUCCUUUCGCCUGCCUUGUUUCUGAAAUAGGACUAUGAUGCCAGGCCGGGGUUUCCUCUUGUACAGACAUGGAGUACGCCUUUCUUUUGACAGCGUCUAUCUGAUUGGACACGGGUGGCGCUGCAGGUUAAACCACAAAGCCUAGGACUUCCCAAUCAGAAGGUCGGCGGUUCGAAUCCCCGCGACAGGGUGAGCUCC